GGGACGGGACGGGACGGGAUGGGACGGAGGGGGCAGUCGCGCUUUUAAAUGCCGAGCGCCGGGCGCCUCGCUGCAGCUUGCGAGCCGAGCCGAGCCGAGCCGAGCCGAGCCGAGCCGACCUGAAUCGAACCGAACCGAGCUGACCGGAGCUGAGUCUAACGGAGCCGAGCCCAGCCCAGCCCAGCUGACCUGCGUCGAACCGAACCGAGCCGAGCUGAGCCGAGCCAUGACCCUGGGCGUGCUGGGCCGGCUGCCGCUGGCGGUGGCGCGGGCGGUGCUGGCGGCGCUGCGGGGGCGGCUGGGCGCCCUGUGCUGGAGCCUGGCUCCCUUCGCCCUGUCCCUGCCCCUGCCCGGCUGGCGGCGGGUCUCGGCCCCCAGCCCCGCCGCCCCGGCGGGCCCCCGGCGGGAGCAGGAGCGGGACGACGCGUCCCCGACGCCCACCAGCGUCAAUUACCACUUCACCCGGCAGUGCAACUACAAGUGCGGCUUCUGCUUCCACACGGCCAAGACCUCCUUCGUGCUGCCCCUGGAGGAGGCCAAGCGGGGGCUGGCAAUGCUCAAGGAGGCAGGAAUGGAGAAAAUAAAUUUCUCAGGAGGAGAACCGUUUCUUCAGGACAGAGGCGAAUUUGUAGGCAAACUGGUCCAGUUUUGCAAGCAGGAGCUGCAGCUACCAAGUGUCAGCAUUGUUAGCAACGGCAGCUUGAUUAGAGAGCGGUGGUUCAAGAAGUACGGUGAAUAUUUAGACAUUCUGGCAAUUUCAUGUGACAGUUUUGAUGAGAGUGUCAACGUUUUAAUUGGCCGUGGUCAAGGAAAGAAGAACCAUGUGGAAAAUCUGCAUAAACUGAGGCAGUGGUGCCGAGAGUAUUCUGUUGCUUUCAAAAUAAAUUCAGUGAUCAACAGAUUUAACGUUGAGGAAGAUAUGACCGAGGAGAUCAAGGCACUCAACCCUGUGCGCUGGAAGGUAUUCCAGUGCCUGCUCAUCGAAGGGGAGAACACUGGUGAGGAUGCUUUGAGAGAAGCAGAGAAAUUUGUUAUCAGCGAUGAAGACUUUGAACAGUUCCUGGAUCGCCACAAAGAUGUCUCCUGUUUGGUACCGGAAUCUAAUCAGAAGAUGAGGGAUUCGUAUCUCAUUCUGGAUGAAUACAUGCGGUUUCUAAACUGUAGAAAUGGACGGAAAGAGCCUUCCAAGUCUAUCCUAGAUGUUGGUGUAGAAGCAGCGAUAAAAUUCAGCGGAUUUGAUGAGAAGAUGUUCCUGAAAAGAGGAGGGAAGUAUGUGUGGAGUAAAGCAGACAUGAAACUGGACUGGUAACUCAAUAUACUGAGUUAGGGCAGGUGCAUUAUGUAAAAAGAAAAAGGAUAUGUAUAUAUGGGUAUGUAUAUAUGUAAGUAAGUACCUAAUGUUUUUAACUACACUUGGUGUGUUGCACAGGUUGAUGUGCAGUAUAAUACUAUGUGUGAAUGUGUUAAAAGCUUUUAGAAUGUAGAUUAUGCUCUUAUCUGUAGUUUGGUUGAACAUUACCAAAUACCUACACAGCCAUCAUAUAAACAGAUUUCUGAAAUCGGCUUUCCGUUGCGUGAAGGACUUACAGGCGAACUGUUAAAGUAAUGUUGCACAGGAAACAGCUUUAAGAUAAUACAUACUGCACAUGCCAGAAAAUAAGCCAAAACCCACCCCAGUCUCUAAUUCAUUAUAAACAGCUGUAAUGGUGGAUAAGUGGAAACUCUUCAUAGGCAACGCCUUCCACCUCGUUCAUACAGAAAGGUAGAUAGCAGUUCCUCACUCGAUCACAAGAGGGCCAUCCGGCAGCCCUUUGGAAGGAGCCCUUGCCUUUUUCAGGGAUAACAGUCAAAACCUAGGAAUCAUUAUCUGUAGGAGUAUAUUUAAAAGGAAAUCAAGAUGAAAAACUUGGCAGUUUUCGUUCUUUAAUACUUAACUGUAAAAGCGUCCUUGUUCUCCCUCUCCUCCAUAUACACACAGUGUUUGCAAAAAAAAGUUGAGGGAUGUAAUUUCCUCUGAAAAUAUAUUUUAAGUCAUGAAAAAAUAUUAUAUUUGUCCUAAACCAUAAAACUGCAUUUUACCCAAUAGCGAGCAACUUCUUAUUUCACGUUGGCAAUGACCUUAGUCCUAACAAAUAUUUACAGUAAAAACAAUAUUUGCAUUUUAUUAAUAACUUCCUCCAUUUUCCUUUUAUCUGCAAAUAGUGAUUUAAUAUUUUAAACAUUUUUUCUGUCCCCUACAUAGAGUUUUGAUAAAGAUUUAUUCUGAAAUUAAUUAAUCCUAUACAGCACACCUAACAGACAUCUUCUGUUGCAUACUGUCUGCAUUAUUUGCAUGCUAUUUAUUUUGCUAAGCCAUGGAAUACAAACAACAAAGUUCAUAUAGCAAGUAGCCUUGUUUUAAAUGUUGCUUGGCUCAGUAAUUAUUCUUACUUGCUGCUUACAAACAGGCAGGUAUUAAGUGAAACUAAUUGGGUUUUGUCAUAGCUGUCUUUGAUUUUAAGAGCUGGCAACAUCAACAUAAGAUUGAGAAAAGUCUAAAACCUCUGCAAAACCAGUCGUCUAAUAUGCUGCCCUUGUUCUUGGUUUUCUGGCAAUUUUUAUGGCUUUAUAAUUACAGUUUUCCAAAUUUAACUAGUCCCAUCCUCCCCAAAGCUCUGUAUGAAGGGCACGGGGAUAAGCAUUGCACAAAGCAGGAGUGAGCUGGCACUACUCAUUCUUACUGUCCAUUGAACUCAAUGCCUGGACUGUCUCAAGCAUUUAAAUAUUUGCAGCCGUUGGGAGCCAGCGUGCUUUAAAUGUACUGUGUAGAGAAAAUUACACCUUCUUUCCUUUUUCUGAUAAUGCUAGUCGAUUUUUUUAGGGAGUUUUUCAAGACAAAUGUUUUGCAUUCAUCUUCAAAGUUGAAGGGGAAAGUGCAUAAGUAGGAGGUGCUACUUCUGAAUAAAGGAAGGGGCAUCUCUGAAUAUCCUGUGAAAAUGUUUCCAUUUAUAAUUAAUUCAGUUUCUAUUAUUACUGUCCUAUCUGUAAUUGUACUGUCUCAGUGGUGCUCUUUUGUCUCUUUGUAUUUUGCAUUUUGCCAUCACAACACUUCCUAGACACUUACGUUUCAGUAUUUUUUUUUCUUGUAUUAAUACUAAGUGACAUUUAAAAUGUGGCCCACACACAUUAACCCCACAGUCUUUUGGCAGCUGUUUCACUGACCUCAGUUGGAGUUCUGCCUGAGUAGCAACUACGGGCAGCGCAAAUUUAUGUAACUGUGGGGUUUGACUUCCUCUGCAUUCCCAUUGCUCAAAUGUUAAAUCCAGCAUCUUUAGCAUCUACGCUGCAUGAUAGAAAAGAAGCAUUUUCCUUUGCUGCUGGCUCAUUCCCAGCAUGGGGAAAGAUUUAGUGCAUCAAUGUACCACUAAACCUACCAGCUUGCCGCUUCUGCAGCAAAUGCCAGCUGUAUCACAGCACGCAGAUGUGAAGGGCACAAACUCCCAUUCAGAUCCAGAAAUCCUGCCAUUCUUUGCUUUGCAUUUUUCUCUGUAAAUGGCUGUUCUUUCCUUGCAAGAGAUCCUCUGUGCCUACAGAGGAAGCUGCAGGAUAAACUGGAGCUGAAAAUGUGAAAAUGAACUGAAUAAUGUAAAGCCAUUGAAGAUGGAUUUUAUCAGAAGGUUUUAAGUUGUUACCUUCUUAAAAUCUUAAGGAUUUUGCAUCGCCUCUUGCUACCAUACAUAAUUAAGAAAAAGUUUCUGCUCUGUGUGAUACCCUUUUCCAAAGGAAAUGCCAGUCGUGUACAUCGGAAAUGAGGAAUUUGACAUAAUACAGUUUGACAGACAAUCAUUGAAGUUAAAGAAUAACUAGCUGUAUUUUUAUAUGCAAAACUCAUUUUUGUGUAAAAUCUCGACUUUUUUUUUUUUUUGGCCACAGCUUGAUUAACCUAGUUUAUUUUUUUUAAAUCUAUAAACACAGUUCAUGUUGGACUAAAAAUGAACUUCAGGCUUUCAUUCUGUAGAUGGGCCUAACUUUCAGCACGGGACUAGAAAAAUACAACUGAAUUCAGCAGAACUACUCCCAAGCUUAGAGGUUACACGCACAUUGUGAAGCGUGUACACGGUUACACGCGCACUCCUGAAGAGUCAGAUUCAGUUUCAAGUCCUGUAAACACAGACAUGCUUAAUUGUAUUUUCACGUGCAAUCUCAGUACGGCAGCUAAGCACUUGCUAGAGAUGCUGAGUUGGGAAGGAACUUACGCUGUCGUUUACUAACAUUGUGCAGCUGUUCAUAUUUGUAAAAUUUGUAGAGAAGGAGCGUUUGGGAGAAUGAGUUACUUCAGUUAAAGUCAUCAUGUAGUAUACCCUGGGUAAUGAAUAGAACUGUCAUUUAAGAUGCAUUUUAAGAUGCCCUCUUUUUCAGUGUGAAGGAUGCUUGAUAUAUUUGAAUGUUACAAAUGAUUAAUUUUUAAAUUAUACUGUCACAUAGUUAGUGCUAAAUAUUUCACAUGAGUAUGUUGUACAUUUCAAUAAAUGUUUCUAUUUUCUUAA